UGGGCGGUGGAGCAGAUCUGCCGCGUUGGGGUGGUGGGCCUGAGGUCUGAACCGAGGGGCCGGGAGGGGUCGGCGCCGCUCUGGGAAGAGCGGGGAGUGAGACUAUGUAGCCUUUUAAGUGGACAGGUCUGUGGUGAAUCAAGAGGCAGGGCCUGUCGGCCUCGGAGGGAGAAGUGCAGGAUGGGAGGACACACAGGUACUUCUCAGGAGCCCUAGUGGCAGGAAAGCAGUUGGGCCGCUGAAGCUGGGUGGACACCUUGGGUGAGUUCUCUUCACCUUGGCUUGUCACCCGAAAGAAUCCCAGCUGGCAGCACUGCCGGGAGAGCAGCAUUGGACAAAUGAAGAAACAAGUCACAGAUUGGGAGAAGAUAUUUGCAACAUCUUUUGGUGUCCAGAUAUAUAAACAACUACCAAUCAUAAGAAAAAGGCUAAGAACCCAUUAGAAGAGUGGUCAAAAGACAUGAUAAGGAGACUCUUUUUGCCCCAUCUGAAGUCCAUAUGGCUCUGUAUGAUGAGGACCUCCUGAAAAAUCCCUUCUAUCUGGCUCUUCAAAAGUGGCGUCCUGACUUGUGCAACAAGGUGGCCCAAACCUGUGGCAUUGUGUUAGUACCCUGCAAAGGAAGCCUGUCAGGCAGUGUUCAGUCUACUUGUCAGUUUGAGUCCUAUAUUUUGAUCCCAGUGGAAGAACACUUUCAGACCUUAAAUGGAAAGGAUGUCUUUAUCCAAGGAAACAGGAUUAAACUAGGAGCUGGUUUCGCCUGUCUUCUCUCAGUGCCCAUUCUCUUUGAAGAAACUUUCUACAAUGAAAAAGAAGAAAGUUUCAGCAUACUGUGCAUAGCCCAUCCUUUGGAAAAGAGAGAGAGUUCAGAAGAGCCUUCAACACCCUCAGAUCCCUUUUCCCUGAAAACCAUCGAAGACGUGAGAGAGUUUUUGGGAAGACAUGCAGAGCGAUUUGACAGGAACAUCGCCUCUUUCCAGCGAACGUUCAGAGAGUGUGAAAGAAAGAGCCUCCGUCAUCACAUAGACUCCGUGAAUGCUCUCUACACCAGAUGCCUCCAGCAGCUGCUGAGGGACUCCCACCUGAAAGUGCUCGCCAAGCAGGAGGCCCAGAUGAACCUGAUGAAGCAGGCUGUAGAGAUGUACGUCCAGCACGAUAUUUACGACCUGAUCUUUAAAUAUGUGGGGACCAUGGAGGCAAGCGAGGAUGCUGCCUUUAACAAAAUCACAAGGAGCCUUCAAGAUCUUCAGCAGAAGGACAUUGGUGUGAAACCUGAGUUCAGCUUCAACAUACCUCGUGCCAAGAGGGAACUGGCUCAGCUGAACAGGUGCACGUCCCCGCAGCAGAAGCUGGCUUGUUUGCGGAAGGUGGUACAGCUGAUCACCCAGUCUCCCAGCCAGAGAGUUAACUUGGAGACCAUGUGUGCUGAUGAUCUGCUAUCAGUCCUGUUGUAUUUGCUUGUGAAAACAGAGAUCCCUAACUGGAUGGCAAAUUUGAGUUAUAUCAAAAACUUCAGAUUUAGCAGCUCAGCAAAAGAUGAACUGGGAUACUGCCUGACCUCAGUUGAGGCUGCAAUUGAAUAUAUUCGGCAGGGAAGCCUCUCCGUUAAGCCACUGGAGUCCGAGGGAUUUGGCGACCGACUGUUCCUUAAGCAGAGAAUGAGCUUGCUGUCUCAGAUGACCUCAACUCCCAUUGACUGCUUGUUUCAGCACAUCGCAUCAGGUAACCAGAAAGAAGUGGAAAGACUUCUGAGCCAGGAAGACCAAGAUAAAGAUGCCGUCCAAAAGAUGUGUCACCCUCUGUGCUUCUGUGAUGACUGUGAGAAACUCGUCUCUGGGAGGCUGAAUGAUCCCUCCAUUGUCACUCCAUUCUCCAGAGACGACAGGGGUCAUACACCGCUCCAUGUGGCUGCCCUCUGCGGGCAGGCAUCCCUCAUCGACUUGCUGGUUUCCAAGGGCGCGGUGGUGAACGCUACAGACUACCAUGGCUCCACCCCGCUCCAUCUCGCGUGUCAGAAGGGCUGUCAGAGCGUGACGCUGCUGCUGCUGCACUACAAAGCCAGCGCCGAAGUGCAAGACAACAACGGCAACACCCCUCUGCACCUGGCCUGCACCUACGGCCACGAAGACUGUGUGAAGGCUCUGGUCUACUAUGACGUGCAGUCCUGCAGACUAGAUAUUGGUAACGAGAAAGGAGACACUCCCCUGCACAUUGCUGCCCGCUGGGGUUACCAAAGCAUCAUAGAGACGUUGCUACAGAACGGAGCGUCCACAGAGAUCCAGAACAGGCUGAAGGAAACGCCCCUCAAGUGUGCGUUAAACUCAAAGAUUCUGUCCAUGAUGGAAGCCCACCAUCCGUCCUUCGAGAGGGGGCAGAAGUCUUCAGAGGUGCCCACGCGGCCCCCUCAGUGCUCCGUGGAUUCCAUCAGCCAGGGCUCCUGCGCCUCCAGCUUCUCCUCCGCCUCGCUGAGCUCCAGGCAAGAGGAGCCCAGAAAGUUCUACAGGGAGCCCACAGAGCAGACCAUGGCGUGGAUGUGCCCAUCCCCUGCGGGUGGGGAGCCCUCACUGACUCCGCCCCGGGCUCCUCCUCCGCUGUCACCCCCAGGCUGUGACCUGCUCUUGGAGGACCCAGUAGAAAAACUUUUAAGAGCCAUUGCUGAUGGAGACCUAGAAAUGGUGCGUUACCUGUUGGAGUGGACAGAGGAGGACCUGGAUGAAGCGGAGGAUGCCGUCAGGGCGGAGGAUCUUGAAUUCUGUCACCCCUUGUGCCAGUGCUCCACAUGUGCUCCAGCUCAAAAGAGGCUGGCAAAGAUUCCUGCCAGUGGGCUUGGUGUGAAUGUGACCAACCAGGAUGGUUCCUCCCCACUGCACGUUGCUGCCCUGCAUGGUCGGGCAGACCUCGUCCUCCUCCUCGUGAAGCAUGGUGCCAGUGUGGGGGCCAGAGAUGUAAAGCAGGCCGUCCCACUCCACCUGGCCUGCCGGAAGGGCCACUUCCAGGUGGUGAAAUGUCUACUAGAUUCUAAUGCAAAACCCAAUAAAAAGGAUAUAAGUGGAAACACACCCCUCCUUUAUGCCUGUUCCGGAGGCCACCACGAAGUUGCGGCACUGUUGCUGCAGCAUGGGGCCUCCAUUAAUGCUUCUAACAAUAAGGGCAACACAGCACUGCACGAGGCUGUGAUAGAAAAGCACGUCUUCGUGGUGGAGCUGCUUCUGCUUCAUGGAGCAUCAGUUCAGGUCUUGAACAAGAGGCAGUGCACAGCUAUAGACUGUGCUGAACCGAAUUCAAAAAUAAUGGAAUUGCUUCAGGUAGUACCAAGCUGUGUGGCCACAUUAGAUGAUGUUGGAGAAACAGACCACAAUGAGUACGUUACUGUCAAGAUCAGGAAAAAAUGGAACUCCAAAAUGUAUGAUCUACCAGAUGAACCUUUUACAAGACAGUUUUACUUUGUCCACUCAGUUGGUCAGUUUAAGGGAAGGACCUCAAGGGAGAUGAUGGCAAGAGAUAGAAGUGUCCCUAAUUUUGCUGAAGAUUCUUUGCAUGAGCCAGGGAGGCAAAGAGUCACUCGGAAGCAGAAUAACCUGCCAGACCAGAGCAGCUCUCAGACGGCUGACAAAGGAAACGAUGGUCAGCCAGAGAGGCCUGGACCGAGACGAACUGCUCCCGGACAAAGGCGAAUGCUCUGUAGACACACAGUCAAUGAUGCGGUUGUACCCAAGGGCCCAGAGACUGCUGGCAACCUGACCACUCCCCAAGAGGCUAGCAUUUCCCAGUCUUAACAGUAAUAAGGAAUUAUCUACUGCCAAGAAGUGAGUCCGCAACAAGAUGCCAAGCAUGAGUACAGCUUAGAACUAAAUGAACUUGCUGUUUGUCUUUAGAGAAAAGCAGAAAGGUCCUGAAAGCUUUUCUGUGGCUGAUGGAAGGAAUGCAACAACAAAAAGCUAUCACCAUCUCUUUCCUCUUCAAAGCUAAUGGAUACACUUGAAAAGGAAUGGACAAAAAUUCCAGUAGUGUCCAGAUCCUUAAGACGCUUCUUAUGUAUUAGGGUUCCUUGGUUACAGUGAGGUUUCAUCACCAGAUUCUGACCUCCUUCUAUUGAAAGGUGCUAGACCUCUGGGAUGUGUAUAAACUUGCAAACCACAGCUAAAAGAAUUCCUCCCUCUUGUGAUAAGCUGAAGAAAAGCAAUUUAGGUUUCAUGGUACCAUGGAGGCCGGGCGGAAAUGUUGCAUUGGAAUGAAGGAAAUAGGACCUGAAAAAUGUCCCUUUGCAAGCAACACUUGAACCCAAAGAUGCCUGAAUGCCAUUUUGAUGCUCAUUUUAGUUGAAAGGACACAUACGACAUGUUCUACACUAUGUAUGUGAGGAAAGUUGGUUAUAAUUUUUCUUCUAAAAAAUUAAGUACAGAUAAUUGAUCACUGCACUAAUACAUCUGUAGCAGUGUCUCUGGAAAAAUCCCUUUCCGUUAAGAGCCUCCCUUAAAUGUCACACCUGAUGGAUGGUUCCUGAACUAGACAGUAGACUUGGCACACCUUUUCUUAGUCUUUUGAUUCAGAUUCAAAACUUACAGCACAAACCAGGUCAAAGCUACCUUAAAUUAGAAUUUAUUGCCAUUUAUAAAUUUCCUUUUUAUAAAUUUCUAUAGCUUAUACUCAUUUUUUUGUUAUCAAUUGGUCUAGGGCUGCAGACAUGGGUUUGUCCAGAGUACAUUUUCAAACAACUUUGUAAUAGGAAAAUGGUUCUGUGCACGUUCUUGGAAACACUUGCGUAUGUACAGAAGGGAGGGGCUGAUUAUUUUUCUACAAAGUAAUUUAUGAUUUUUAAUUUUCUAAUGUGCCUUGGACAUGUGCCAAAUGAUGGAAAAGAAACAGUAAACUUUAUGAUUCUUGAGCGUGUCAUGGUGUACUUUUUUGUUUGUUUUGCUAGGGAGAUGUAUUUCUCAGCCUUUCUGCUAUAAACAUGUGCUUUGUAUAUGGAAAAAUCUUCCCCCAUUGGAUGGAGAUAUUUUAUUUUUCAGUUAUAGAUAUAAGUACGACUGAAGCAUGUAAACUGGAUCAUCUGGAGAGCAUUACCCAUGUACCCUGAAUAGGGCUGACCUAAUCCAGUAAGCCCGGUGUCUAGGGCCCCCACAAGGAUGUUUGAAUUUCCUUUAACAUCAGAAGAGCAAAACCGAAUAUAAUACAGCUUCUGAGCCCAAAGAGGAAAUAAGCACUGUUGCUUUGCAAGCUUCUUUGUUCUAUUUUUACUCCUUUCCCCCACUUUUGAACAAAACCACCUUAUUGACUUAAGUUGCUGUACUUCUCUCCCAUCCUAAGUAAGAAACUUGACCCUAUGCAGUUUAUCAGCAUGGCCAUUUCCAAGAUGCAAAUACAUAUAUUUGACACCACCUAAUUUUGGGGAUGGUGCAAUAUAAUAUUGAAAACUUUCACAUAUACCCCCAAUUAAUUUCUAACAACUGUCCUGGCUUGUAGAAUUGUCAAAUGAGGAGCCAGGUUCAUGGAAAUAAUAAGGGGGCUAAUUUGCACCAUCAGAGCUGGGGUCAGGCCCUGGCUGGCAGUGUCACCUGAAUUGGCAGAUUCCAGCUCAGUGUGCCCUUCAUCUGGAGGUGUAAAUGCCAUGAAUGGGACUGCCACUGUUAGGGGAGAAGAUUCCUUUUGAGCUACUUUGGUAAUCAGCAGGGUGAGCAAUCUGAAAUGAUUACCUCAAUUAUUUUUAAAAACACUUGUG